AUGAAGAUUAGAACGAGGGCAUAUUUUAAAGUUAUGGUUGGAAAGGAAAAUAUCAGGUUUUGCCCAAUAUUGAAUCUUUUCAAAAGCCGAUUCCAGCGCCGUCGUUUACCGACAGCACUUGGGGCAUUGACCCAGCAGUACUUGACCGAAAGAAUUCCUCCGCACCAUACCAAGAGGCUUGAGCCGUUGGUGAAUUGCAACGAUUUGAUUAAAAUCCCAUGGCCUCUGAUAAACAAUCGGUGCAAACGAACUCGGCUUCGUUGCAAUUGGAAGGAUUGUGGAUAUAACGCCGCGUUUCUAAGACGCAUGUUCGCCAACAUCAAAAAUGUCCGAAAGGGGAUUGCUCGUGGGAAGGGGCGGAAGAUGAGAAAGAAAAGAAACGUCACGUUUGGGAGAUUCACGAGAAAUGGGCGGCUCAAAACAACUACUCUAGUAUUGGGGGACAGUGCCCUACAUGUGGCGCGAAAUUUAGGCGACAGGACUAUGUAA